AUGCCGCCGCCGCCGCUGCUGCUGCUGCUCCUGGCACACGCGCUCGCGCCCAGCGCCGGUGAGUAUGCUCAGUCUGGGAGUGUGCCUCGGGGCUCUGUGGAUCCGGAGCUCAGGGGACCUUCUCUGGAAGCCCACUGUGUGCCGGGGAUUCUGGAGCUGUCUACAGCAGAGAUCUGCCCUCAAAGAGCUCCCAGCCUGGAGGGUCACUCGCAUAAACAGCAGCACAGUGUGAUAAGGACCCUUGUGGUCCCCUGCCGGCCAGGUGGAUUAGAGAAGGUGACAGCUUCCCCGAGGUCACAUGUGCAUCGGCGUGGGCUUAUAGAACUGGCAGGGACCAUGAACUGUGUUGGUACCCGCAGCCCCCUGUCCUACAUAAGCUAUGGCUGCUACUGUGGCCUGGGUGGCCAUGGCCAGCCCCGGGAUGCCAUCGACUGGUGCUGUCAUCAGCACGACUGCUGCUACAUGCGUGCCGAGCAGGCUGGCUGCAGACCCAAGAUGGAGCGCUACCCCUGGCAGUGUGUCAACCAGAGCAUCGUGUGUGGACCAGCGGACAACAAGUGCCAAGAACUCUUGUGCACGUGUGACAAGGAGAUUGCUUACUGCUUAGCCCAAACCGAGUACAACUUAAAGUACUUCUUCUACCCCCAUCUCUUAUGUGAGAAGGACUCGCCCACCUGUGACUGA